AUGAAUUUGGGUUUUGAAGUAAGCCUGGAUUGCAGGAAAUUGGGUUUGGUUUUGAACAUAAGUUUAGUGGGUUGGGUCUGGGGUUUAUGCAUAUUUAAUGGCUAUGGAGCGUCCUGGUGGACGUACAAUGAUCCUCUUAGGGCCAAGUACAAUGCAAAAAUGGCAGGCAUGAAUGCGGCAAUAGCAAAACCUAAGGGAAGCAAGAAGUUGAAGGAUUGGGAAUCCCGUUGA